AAAGUCAGAGCGUUCCGUUUCAAUAAUUUUUAAGUUGUCGCCCUUUCUGGAUUACUCGGCCUUUUUCGGGAUAAUAUGCUUGUCAUUAAUUAUUCAUAGUCUUAGAACAUAAAGAUGCUAUGAAUUCCACUUUACACUCUGCGGACUCUAGUGUUAUCCAAACCAGUUUAUUUGGUCAGUAUAACAGGGCUGGGGAUCCAACUAGCCUAUGGUGUGAUGAAUCUUUGGAAAACCCAGACUCUAUGUUGGAUCAAUGCAAAUGCUACACAAGUACUCCAAGUUCUUUUUCCACUACUUCAGACAGCACAUCUUAUUCGCGUGAUCUUUAUGUUACAUCUAGACUACGCAGUCGGUCUGAAGAGAAAAACUGUAAAUCGGAGCAUCCCUUUUAUCUGUCUCAUUCUGUAAUCAAUUAUUUAAAAUUGGACAAAUUAUCUAACAAAAUGUGUCCUGGUUGUGUACCUUGUUCUUCUUCUGAUGACAAACUACGAUCAAGUAUGUACUCCGAAGAAAAAGACGAUUUGGAUGUCACCCAAAAUGACUUCCAACAGGGUAACAAAUUCAAGCGCAAAGGAAACCAGUCGUUUAAAUCGAGUUCAUCAGUUUGGUAUAGCGAUAAUACCGACCCAGUCCCUCCAGCGAUGGCUCUCAUAAAUGUAAAUCGACUUCAUACCCAAACCUUGCAUCCAGCUACAUUAAAUGAGAACAGAAUAACUGCAGCAAAUAACAUUUUAUAUGAUUUCAACACUGAGUUUGAUGUCUCUGGAUCAAAAAUAUCAAAAACAUUUUUGAACGCUUCAAGAAAAUCUCUUCCAGCAAUCCAUCUUGAUCGUGAUUUAGAAGUAAGCGGCAGUAGCGGUACCAGUAGUCUUUCAUAUACGGCUGUGAUUGGUAACGAGACGGAAUAUAUUCAGCCGGAUAAACGCUUAGAGCCAUUCUUUGAUGAAUCUAACAAGCACUACUUAAAUUCUCUGAAUUUCGGGCAAACCGGUGCAUCCGCGAGAGAUUCUGGCUUAAGUUCACAUUCAAGCAAUUCUGUAAAUUAUUCCCCUAACUAUCUUCUUCUCCCUCAUAAAAGAUUGGUUCCUGAGUGUAAAACUAGUCUCUCUUCGACACCUCCACCAGUUCCACGUCACGCCCCUCAAUCACAAACUAUGGUUGCACUUACACAAAGGAACGGAAAUAAUAUCUUAAAUACAACCAAUUUAGUACGUUGUGAAACUGACCUUACAAAGUGUACAUGCUCUAAAAGUUCAAGCAGUAAAAUGGUAGAAGGAAGAAUUCGUGGAACAACUAUCCGAUUGCAUUCAUAUACGGGAGAAUCUAAAACUCUCUUAAAGUCAUAUUUCCCAAGUGAAAAUAAACAAAUUAAACAAAAUCCUAAUUCAUCUUUAUCACCUAUAUGGAAACGUAAAUCAAAUACAUUACAAUCAGUGAUUAAGGAUAAAAUUCAACUCAUUGACGAACAAAACUAUUCAAAAUCAAUCCAAAUGACUAAAUUCAUAGAAGGUGGUUGUAGCAAAAGAGAAGAAAAAGAUGAUGAUGAAGUAGGGAGAAAACGGAAACACUUAAUUGAUAAAGUUCAAUAUGAAAAUACUACUACUACUACCAAGAAUGAUAAUAAUCAUGACAGAGUACAUAAUUCCUGUCUACUUUUAAAUGAUUCAGUUAAACAAGAUAUUUGUACGGCCUGUACACUAAAUUGGCAGUUUUAUUUAUCCCAACCUUGUUGUUAUACAUUUAUAGAUGAUAUGGUUAAAUUUUAUCAUGAUGUGAAUAAUUCUUGGUAUUUUGUGAAACAUGAUUGUUUCCUAAAUUCUAUUAUUCAAUUGUUUAAACCUGAUAGUUGUUUCAAUUGUCGUAAACAUAUUUAUGCUGUAGGCGUAAAUUUAUUUAAUAGAAAUCCAUUGAGAGGUCUAAAAUAUUUGGCAAGACAUAAUUUCUUAAACUUGUCUUCUAGUAAACAAAUUUCCAAAUUUAUUCAAAAUAAUGCUGACUUAUGUCGUUCGAAAAUUGGAGCAUUUCUUGGUCUACCUCCUACAGAUGAGAUCAACCCAACGGAAGUUACAAUGAUUCUUCUGAAAUCUUUAAACAUUUCUGGUUUGGAAGUUGAUGAAGCUUUGCGAUUGGUUGUUCAUCGAUAUGGGAUGCCUGUGGAAUCUCAAGAAAUAGACAGAUUAUUGCAAUGUAUCUCUGAAUAUUAUCAUACAGUUCGAUGGUGUUCAACAUCUGUUAAUUCAUCAGAUACUUUUUCCAGUACUAAUGACCAUCACUUGAAGUCUUUACCAGCUCCUCCUAUCACUCUGGAUCAGUUAUCAUUAAUAUUUUAUGCUAUUCUUCUACUACAAACCAGCCUUCAUAAUGUAAAUGCAGCAAAAUCAAGUUUAGGCAAACAGAAUGUCAGUCAAUUUAUAAAAAAUGUAUAUGAUCUUUUAUUAAAUCAACCAUCUUCAUCAUCAUCUUCACUAUCUUCCUUCACGGCUAAAUCAAAGUCAAAGAUUUCAAAUGUUAAUCAUAACGAUAUGCUUGAUGAAAGUGGUAAUACUAAUACUGAAUCCAUUAUGGACAAUGAAAAUAAUAUUAAUAAUAACAAAUCUCUUGAUAUAAAACAUGUGUUCUCAAAUCGUACAUUAACUGAAAUAUUUCAUCGUAUUAAAGUUAAACCAUUGGAACCAGGUUCAGAUCAAACAACAAUCGUUCGACAUAUAUCUAAAGCAAUAAGAAAUUUGCAAGAAGUUAAAAUUUUAAACACUGAUGACAUUGAUAAUGAAUUCUUAUUCACGAAUAAUCCAUUUGAAUUAGUGGAACCCCAUCGUCGAUUGGUUUGUUAUUGUACGGUGAUUCAUGUAGGUUAUAAUUUGUUUUGGCUUUUUAUUUAUUAUACAAUUUAUGAUAAAUCAGUGUGUACUAUAGUGAAGAAUAACACAUUUUGUCAUCCAUACAAACAUACAGUACGUAAAUCAUUACCAGUACACUUCAGAAUCAUACCAAAUCUGUUUACUGGAAGAAACUCAUCUUCCAUUUCGGUAACAAUAACAAGACAGAGUGUGUGCACAUGCUAUAAAACUCUCUUUGAGCUUGACAUUCAACAAUAGCGUCAUGUAUUGCUUCAUCAGAGUUGACAGAUUAGACAAACUGUAAGUCAUGAAAACGUCAGAUUAUAGGACAGAUUAGUAACAGUAAAAGAACUAAGAAAGUUUUAACGAUUUUAUAUCAAGUUUGCUAUAGUAAAUGCCAGAAUUGCUUUUAUGAAAAGCUGUAUAUUUUCAGUUGUUUUUUAAAUAAAAAAACAAAGAUGUCCCAUUUCAAACACAAUUUGGUAUCUACUUUCAGUGAUACAAUUUAUGAAAAAUAAAUUAUACUUGGCUUAAGCAAAUCACGACCAAUUAUUAAAUAAUGAACUGUGUAUACGAUAGUGACAAUUUUUUUAGCGAAUUAAAUCCAAUUGUAUAGAUGGCAUAAUCAAUACAUUUAAUUGAAAAUGAUCAAUCACUAGGGUAUAUCAAAAGUUAAACUUGAAACUGAAAUUAAAACCAGUAGGUUUCUGAAAUUAACGCAAACAGAAUUUUCCCUUAAACUUUGAAUUAAAUUAUAUCAGAGAUCUUGUCAAAUCUUAUAUUGUUGAAAGUUUUGCAUAUCAAUCAUAACAUAAUAUUAUCUUUAUUUGUGCAUGUAAUAUUAGAUUGCUUUUCCAUGUAAUAAACAGUUUAUUCAAACCAAUUAUAUUCAUUCGUUUAUUCUAACUUGAUCGAAUCCGAAAACUCAUUAAUUUAAUAAUGAUUUCGUCCAUAGAUUGUACUGGUUUGACAAAUAUACAUAUUCUCUCUUCUUUUUCUUCUUAUUUCCACUGUUAUUUUUACUAAUUUUCCAUAAAUAUAAUAAAAUGUUUACUUAGCAUUUAUUCAUCUUUCAUGCAAUUCAGUAAAUAUAUUACGUGGACUUUCAUUAAAGAAUUAAUUCUCAUUAAGAUUAAUUACGUUAUCAACUAUUUUCUCACAUUAAUUUUUCUCAUUCAUUUGUUUUGAUCCUAUUAUUAUUCUCAUAAUUUCAAUUAAUCUACUACGAAUCAAUACAGGUAUAUACAUAUUUACAUACGUUUAAACAUUUGCCAAACCAUUAUAGUGAAAAUCUUCAUUUAUAGGUUAAUGAAAAGCUAAAUAGUGUGUAGAAAUGUUCCCUUUAGUUAGUUAUCCAUUAAGGUUCUAUACGAAUAUAUAUUAAUAUAUAUGUGAUUAACAAUGGUGGUUCAACAUGGAACGGUUCAAUAUCUCGACUAAAACUUAACAAUCUUCACAACCUAUGUACUGAAAAAUAAAAUAAUACUAAUCGAAUAAUGGGGUAACAGAAUGAAUUAUAUAAUUUCACAGUGUUUACAAAAAUACUAUCAAAUGAUUAAUUGGAUAAUUGCAAGAAGAAAAAAAAGAUUAUCAUCAUCAAAGUAAUAAUUUGUAAAGAUUGAAAAAAAAGAUAUAAAUUAACCAAUGAAAGGAAUUAGGAAAUGAUUAAUAUGGGGGGAUUUGUAAAAAUUUCAAUUAUGAAAAUUAGAAAACUGUUUGAAUAUGUUUUAUCUUGAAGGAAUAUGGUCAAUCAGUGUGUGUCCAGCUUGAACACACUGCCAUAUCUAUCGCCAAUACUGAUAAAGAUGUUGUUUAAAAUUCUUUUGAUUGAAAAUAUUAGGCUUGGGAAUAUCUGUUCUGAUAGCUUCAGCAGUAUGCAAAAGAUAUUGACUUAAAACAUACUUUAAAUCUGAUGGAAUAUGGUGAAUAAUUUCAAAAGCUUUAUUCAAGUCAACAUGAUGUUCGGUAUCAGCCGAUUGAAAGACAUCAGAACUCUUGAUCCCUCUUACCUGUUCUUCACGUAACUGAGACGAAUGGUGUUCUGCUAUAUGAUGACUUAGCGAACGAUACACCUGUCGGGAUAUUCAGAACAAUAUCCCAAAAAUUAUCCUGCUAAGUCUAGUGCUAUCCUUGGACUUGAAAAGGUAUCAUUUUCCUAUUGAUCAAUAUUUGUUUCACGCGUUAUUUUCCUGUUGGCCAAAUAUUGUACAAAUGUUAUUUUCUAUUUUAUGGUACGUUAAGGUCUGUCUGGUUGAUAUAUAAACCGAGUAUGUUUGAAAUAAAUGAUUCAUAUCGCACAGGCUAAGACUAGUGUUCUGGAUUUAACUGGCUGGGCUAGGUGGAAAACAGGGCCAAUCAAGACUCUAGACUGCUCAUACGGGUUUACGCGUCAUUGUUCGAUCGAUAAGUCACAAGUUAUAACAACACCUCAAGUAACUGGCUCCACAAGAGUAGUUGAAUUGAUAGACAUACAUAAAUGUGGCGAAUUCAGUUUAUAAUCGGAAGUCUGUAUUCAGUUUGGCUGCAUUAAAUGUUUUCUGAAUUGCUUUUUAUAACCUUUGCGUUAUUAUUUUCUUGGUAGAGUCAUUUAGGAACUGUAAAUUCAAGGACAGUAACUUCUUCGAAACAGUUGUUACCUUUGAUCUUAUUUUUAUUUCAUUCAUAAGUUUAUUGAUGAACUUGUGUGAAUAUCCAUUCCUGCUAAAAGAGUUAUGAAUAUUACUCUAAAAAAACUAAAGAAUCAAAAUGAUUUCUCAUAUGAUAACGAGAAAGUUGUAAGUAUCUUCGGUGUCAAAUAAUAGAAAACAGGAAAAACUGAAAUAUCCAUAACACUUUUACAUGAUCUAUGACUUUUUGCAUACAACUUAAAAGUUCUUGGAAUUCAAAUUUCAAGAGCUAUCUACAUGGUUAUCCUGUGACGGCCCGUGAUCUGACUCCAAUUCAGAUUGUAUGAGUGAAUGUUUGCUAUCACCUAUUCUCGUAUAUAAUCGUCGACUUAAAUCACGUUAGUGAAUAACGAAAUUUAGAUAAGUCAAUUAACGAGAAUGGCCUUUGAAUACAUAUAUUUUGUAAGUAAAGUGAAUGUAAUAGAACAGAGCAAAAUGACGAGCAGGGAAGAUGGCUGGGAAGCCAACUCCAUUUUAGUCAAGAGUUACUCCAUAUUUAUAGGCAGACAGAAUAAAGCUACAGACAUGUGAUUAAUGCGAUAAGAAGGGCACACACAUAUACGCUCAUAUGAAAACAGUCAGGGCUAAUAAGCGAAUAAUUAACAAGGUCAAAAUAUGGCUCAAGUAAAAUGAAUUAAAUAGGAUGUCCACAAGUUAGAAUAAGGUAGAUGGGCUUGCCAUAACUGACACUACAAUCCUUCAUUAUAAAUAAAAAGCAUUCUCCCAUUCUAACUCCAGCUACUUACCUUAAUCUUUUUCUUCCUUUCUAUAAUGAAUAAUUCAACAUGUAAAAAUUCAUUAAUCAUUUCAAAACUUUAUUUAUUGAAUGAUAAAUUGCUUUUUAACCAAACACUAUUUUCUGACUGGCUAUUUAGUUAUUCGUACUUGUCAGUAUAAUUCACCUCAACCCUGAAUAUUUAUCGGCAUUAUUAAUUCUCAGAGUCUUAUCCUACUUCCGAAUCAAUUGGUAAUAUUUUGAUUGUAUCAUUUAAUUCAUCUUUCCUUCUAUCGUUUUAAGAUAUGUAAGCUUCGUUUUUACCUUGUGUUACCAUUUUCGGUUAGUUAAGCUUAAAUUUUUAGUUCAUAUUAUAGGUCAAUAAUCACUCAAUUAUCGUCAUCUUCAUCAUAAGAUGAAAUACAAUAGUGUUAUUAGAAUUCACAUAUUAUGGGACGUUACUUUUUCUGAUAGAUUACAAAAAAUGUUUACAUUUUAAUGGUGCACAGUUGUACAGAUUUCAUCAACUACAAAUUAUGCUUACAUGGAAUAACCAACAUUGUAUUGAAUUAUCAAAUCAACUACAAUUAAUUGGAAUAUACCAUUUAUGAGAUCCGUUCAACCUUUUAAUCUAAUCUAUUUUAGAAGUAUGCAAACAUUGAAAUGAUUUUUUAGGUCUCAGAUUUGUUUUACUGAGUUAAUUAUGUAUUUGGACUGAAAAAUAUGCUUGCGUGGUUUUGUGAAAUGUUCCUAAUCCAUUGCAAUGUUCCAAACAAUAAGAUGCAGAUGAAAAUAACAAUAAAGCUUGAUAUUUUCGCUCUUGUCAUCUAUUUUUAAAAAGAAACGGGAGAUGAAUACAUCUAGAUUUAUGUCUAUUCUGGCUUCCUCUCAAGAGAUAUGAUUUUUAACAAUAUAUCUCACUUGAGUUACUACGACACGGAACUUUAUCUAUCUUUUCAAGAUAACAGCUACAAUCACAUAGAAUAUCGUGUAAAUUAACAAAAACGAUUGAUACGAGAAAUAUAACAUUGAAUUACAUUACUUUUUCAGUGGUAUUGUCACUGCUUGGAAUGUUUUACUUACACAGAUUACAUACCUGAUUUCCAUUAAACCGCUAUCGUUUUUCAAGUGUAAAAUAGCAUUCACAUCUGAUCGAAUUAAAUUUUGUGUAAUUUUCUAAAUGAAAUCUAAUUUUUUUCUUUUGUGAAAAUCUGUUUGAUUUGAAUAAUCGAAAUGGAUAAUUAAAUUAAUUAAUUAUGAAAAUAAUUCUUAAAUUUCAACCAAACAAUCAUCGGAAGAUAAAACCACAGACUUAGUGAAGCUAGACAACCGUUGAAGUCUAGAAAGCAUUGGAUAGUCAUUUCGUCCUAAUAUGUCUCAUCAACAAGAUGCAUACACAAUCCCUCCAAGAAUUAAACUAUAAUUUCCAUGCCUCGUGGUAAGCGCUUCACCUCAACCUAGUUUUUGAUGGUUGUCUAGCCGAAAUUAAUCCGUAUUGUAAUCCACAAAAUUCAACAUUCUCCAUAAACCCUCUAUUACGGAAAAAAUAUAAUUUAUUAUAUAAUAAAUAUUUCACUAUGGAUCAAUAACUAAAGUAACACAAUAAUCUAUAAUCGCUAUCACCCACCAUUUGUUUUUUUUAUUGUUUCUGUUGUUUUUUUUCUUAUUUAAAGAUUCAUCAAAAUCAACCUCCUCAUAAAGAAACCAGUAUUCUACGACAUUUGUUUGUUUUUAAUGACUUAAUUAUUAUUGCAAAAGAUACCUCUUCAAAACGUACUUCUGGUAGAAGAUUAGUUUUCGACAAGUCAAGGAAAAAUCAAUCAAAAAUAAAUGAUAAGAAAUUAUCACCAGAUCAAUGUGAUGAUUUUCUUCGUCCACCAUUAGAUUUAUUAUAUACAGAUUGUGAUAAAAAGUUUGAAAUAAUGAAUGCUGAAUCGAAUACACUUAACUGUAUGCAACCAACUGUUGGUUGUGUACCUCAUAGAGUAGGAGGUGGAAGAGGAAGAAGAAGCAGGUCAAAAAAUGAACUUUAUAGUCGAAAGACAGCUAAUUCUACUUCACAUUCCUAUACACGUCUUACUGCUUUAUAUGUUUUUUCAUUAUAUAGAUGUAAAAUUCGUCCUUUUAAAACUGAUGGUAAGUAAAAAGUUCAUACAUAAGCGUUAAUAGUUCAACUUUAUCAUUUGAAAUUUUCAGUAUUACUUGAGUUUUAUCCCAUAAUUCAAUAGUGUUAUGAUGAAACAGUUUGUUAUCAAUCAAAACUCCGAUUAUAAUGUUUUUUUGAGAUCAUGGAUCGACCAAUGUUAGACCGCCAUUGAGGACCUGGAAGCACUAGACGGCUGUUUUUCAUGGUAUGGGACUCCUCAGCAGUAUGCACCCACAGUCCCACAUGCGGGGUUCAAACUAGAAACCUUCAAUCUCGCGCGCAAACCCUUAGCAUCUCAGGUUUUCAAUGAUGGUCUUACACUAAUCGAUUCGUGAUCUCAAUAAAAAAUCACAGCCCUAUACUUAUGCUUUCUCCAUUUCACAUCUACUAUUCCGUCUAUAAAUUAGCGUACUAGACUUGACUAACUAUAUAUUCUGGCCUCCAAAACCAACCUUGAGCCAAUACACGCUACAUCCCUAUUAGUCCGUCUAUAUACAAGCCUUUCUCUAUCACAGCCUCAUAUUCAAAGAAACGUUAGCAGCAGUUUCCAUUGUAACAUCUCAAUCAAUCAGCCAGCCACUAUUUCGAAAAUCCAUUAAGUUGUAUACAUCAAUUAGCA